AGGGUUUAAGGUAUCUUCUGAACAGGUCCAAAGACUACUUUAAUGUGUAAUAGGGAACCAUGGGGUGGAGGAGUUGUUUGAAUUCUGAAGUUUUGUAUUAUAAGUGGCACAGUAACAGUGUGUUCCUAUGGAUGUCUACUCAGAAGCAAACCUUAUUGAGUUGAAUUCAAAGGACUUACUCCCAGGUUAACAGUGACAGGAUCAAAAGGGGCUGACUUCUCUUUCUCAGGCCCUUCCAUCCCCUUCAACAUGGCUGGAGGCAUUACUGAUACGGGGGAGCUCUACUCUCCUUAUGUUGGCCUGAUUUACAUGUUCAAUCUUAUAGUUGGGACAGGAGCUUUAACUAUGCCGAAGGCCUUUGCUGCUGCUGGUUGGCUUGUCAGCCUCAUCUUAAUAAUGUUCCUGGGGUUUAUGAGCUAUAUGACCACAACUUUUGUCAUGGAGGCCAUGGCUGCAGCAAAUGCCCAGCUUCGCUGGAAGAAAAUGGAAAAGCACAAGGAAGUUGAUGAUGAAGAUUCUUCAUCUGGAGUUUCUGAUAGUGAUGUUCUCCUCCCAGAUAGCUAUGAGCGAUCAGAGACACGGCCUAUCCUAUCUGUUCAGAGACGAGGAACACCUAAUAUUUUUGAAAUCACUGAAAGGGUGGAGAUGGGUCAGAUGGCCUCCAUGUUCUUCAAUAAAGUGGGAGUCAAUUUAUUUUAUGUCUGUAUAAUCAUCUACCUCUACGGUGAUCUGGCAAUAUAUGCUGCUGCUGUCCCAGUUUCUCUCAUGCAGGUGACCUGUAGUGUGACUGGCAAUCAUUCAUGCAGUGUUGAAGAUGGUACGAAGUAUAAUGACACGGAGAAGUGCUGGGGCCAAAUCAGACGGAUUGAUGCAUACAGAAUAUAUCUGGCAGCAUUUACUCUCCUGUUGGGUCCAUUCACCUUUUUUAAUGUGCAGAAAACUAAGUAUCUGCAGAUCAUGACAUCACUGAUGAGGUGGAUAGCAUUUAUCGUCAUGAUCAUUCUAGCCCUCCUCCGCAUCACCAAGGGCCAAGGGGAAGGUCACCCCCCUCUGGCGCAGCUCUCAGGAAUCCGCAAUCUUUUUGGGGUAUGCGUUUAUUCCUUCAUGUGCCAGCACUCCCUGCCAUCCCUCAUUACUCCCAUCUCCAAGAAGAAACAUGUCAACAAGUUGGUCCUGCUGGAUUACAUCUUAAUCCUGGGUUUCUACAGCCUUCUGUCCUUCACCGCUAUCUACUGCUUCCGCAAUGGGACUCUCAUGGACAUGUAUACACUCAACUUUACCAACUGUGACAUUGUCAAUAUUGCUGUUAUCCGCUACUUCCUGGGCCUCUUUCCUGUCUUCACCAUCAGUACCAACUUUCCUAUCAUUGCUGUGACUCUGAGAAACAAUUGGAAGACCCUCUUCCACCGGGAAGGGGGAACCUACCCAUGGGUAGUAGAUAGGAUAUUUUUCCCAAUCAUCACACUAAUCCCCCCUAUUAUUGUGGCUUUCUGCACCCAUGAUUUGGAGUCUUUGGUGGGCAUUACUGGGGCCUAUGCUGGGAAUGGAAUCCAGUACAUCAUCCCUGCUUUCUUAGCAUACUGUAGCCGAAAAGACAGUCAGUUGGUAUUUGGAAGUGGCACAUUCAACAAACAUUUGUCCCCUUUCCGGCACACAUUCUGGAUAUGGUUUGUGCUUCUCUGGGGUCUUUUUUGCUUUCUGUUUGUGACUGCAAAUAUCAUCUGGAGUGACACAAAGCAAUGAAGGUAGAACAUUACUACUUGUUUUAAAGGAAGUUGAAGGUGAUUUCUAAAACUUCUACUCCUGGUUUUGCACCUGAUAAGAACUUUUCUAAACAAACAGCUUGCUAAAACAGUCUUGAACUCAAUGGUCACUUUAUCAACUUUGGAUGCAUUGCUGCUUGUUCAGUUCCCUUUUUAAUUCAGAAUCUUCCUUCAAUUUCUAAUGUCCUGGGCUUGAGCACUCCAUCAGGCUGCUGUGGGUGCCCAGUAUCUGACUUUUUUGCCUUGACCACAGAUUUUCAUACAGACUGUCUUCCUCUCGUGCUGUGAUAUGUCAGAGGCUGUCGGAUAGGCACCUCUUCCUCAAGAGUGAUGGAGGGGACCAACGUUGCUGUUACCAGUCAAGCAAGCAGCCAAUGAAUCAAACAAGCAGUCAUUCCUCAUCAUGCUCAUAUUCCCUCUGAAGUGACUUUCCUGUCUCCCAACUAACAGGGGAGAAAAAUCAGGAGCAGGAUGGACACAGCUGGUUAAAUCGGACUCAUUAGCUGUUGACGUACUGCAUGGCGUGGUGGUGGAGGGGGCAACCUAAACUGUGGAAUGGGGGAGAAGCGAAGGCUCCUGGGGUAGUUCCUUUCCACUUCAGCAGUCCUCCCCACCCACCCCGCCCCCACAACAUGUAUUCUUUCCUCCUUUUCUGUUACAGGUUUUCCAACACAAGCUUGCCUUGUUGCAUGUACGGCAUUCCCUGGGAUUAGACUCAUAGAUGCUGUUGUGGGUCUAAAUUAAUGCUUCCAUCUGAUAAACUUCUGUUCGCUUCUAUGUUUCCUGAAAAUAAUUUCCAGUCUUGGAUUUGUCUUCCUGGUGUGUUUAAAUCUAGUCGGUGGGUGAGGAGAAACUCCAAUGAAGAAUAACAGACUAGGUGGCCCAGAGUCCUCAACAUUGCCAUGGUUCUCCAUUUCACACUGGUGAAAGUGUGCCAGGCAGGCCCUGGCUAUAGCACUCAUCAUUUCUACAGGUGUGAAGGUGCUAAUUACUUGCUGGUUGGGUAAUGUGCGAAAGAAACAUCGGUGUUUGUCUUGUCACUUAGGCUGGGUGUUGCCAGAUGUGGAGGGGAGCAGAAAUGGUCUGAGCAAGUAUAACGAGAGAGAAUAGAAGAUAUUUUAUAAAAAGAGAAGACGGAGAUAUUCUCAAAACCAUUGUUUCUGUCUGAAAGUAAAAGCAAAUUUUAGCACCUAACUCUUGCUAAAUAUCCAAGAGAACUAAAUCCCACUGCCCAAAAAUUCAUCUCCCUCCUCAUCUCAUGGACAUGGGAGAGGGGCAAAAAACCAUUUACCAACCCCACCACUUUCCUCUCCAAUCUAAGCUGCCUGUUUUACUGUAUACAUAGGCUCAAACUGUACAUGCCCUCCACAGUCCUGGGCCUUUAAACACGAGUCUGCUACAGUCACAUCUAAGAGAGAUGUGCAAGAGGUCUCAAGUUAAAAGCAAAAGAGACAUGCAGAUUGGGGUGGGGUACUAAACCCUCCUCUAUCUGUACUUUACCUCCCCAUAGUCUGCCUUUCAGUCCCUCAGCCAGGGUGCUACAUUGGAAGUGAGCUCACCUGGAAGAAAGACGCGUGGGAAAGGGACUGCAGAGAAACUUCUGAGCUCUUCCCCUGUGCAGCCAUAUUGCUCUUUAAAUAUCUUUGAUAUCCAACCCACCUCUCAGCUUCCCCAUGAUUGGAGAAGACCUGGAUUUAAAGCCACAGGCUGCGUGUAGUUUGGUCCACAGUGCCUUUGUUGAAAAAGAACACUUCUCAAGCUGUUGCUAACCAGCAUUUUCUGAUGAAGUCACAAACAUAUUUUAAGAGACCAAGGAUGCUUAGAAAGGAUCUCUGAUCAGAAAUGUUUUAAUAGGGAAAACUUGACUCUUUUGCCUAUAAAUAUCAUUAAA